AACCUGGCGGCGGAAGUGGGAACGCAUGGGUGGCUCUGGGUAGUGGGUACCCCAUAGGCGGGACCGGCGACGCGGGCCGCCGGGUCUGAGGUCAAGUGCGGGGCGCCGGGCGGCCGGUGUCGGCGCCCCGAGGCAGAGGCCCAACGGGGCGCGCGCCGCUGGGAAGUGCCGGCGGGAGCCCGGGGCGCCUGCACCCGCUGCCCGCCCAGCCGCCUCUCAGCUCCGCGUUCUCGCCUGCCGCGUCCGGCCGAGCCGCCCUGGAGAGUGUGUCCAGAUGCUGACCCAGCUGCCUCAGGGAAUCCCUCUGGGAGACUGAAGGGCAGGCUCCUGGGCCAGGUUAAGGCCAAACCAGCCCUGAGCCUUAGGACAGGGGAAUGGCAGCCUCCCUGAAGCCUCAGGACCAGGCCACUGGGGAGGGAGAAGGGCUUCUGAUCGUCAAGGUAGAAGAUUCCUCCUGGGAGCAGGACUCUGUCCAGCAAGAGGACAGCCAAGAUUCUGAGGCCUGCCGCCAGCGCUUUCGGCAGUUCUGCUAUGGGGAAGUGAAUGGGCCCCACGAGGCCUUCAGCCAGCUCUGGGAGCUCUGCUGUCGCUGGCUGCGACCUGAGCUGCACACCAAGGAGCAGAUCCUGGAGCUGCUGGUGCUGGAGCAGUUCCUGAGCGUGCUGCCUGGGGGCAUCCAGGCCUGGGUGAGAGCGCAGUGCCCGGGAAGUGGCGAGGAGGCCGUUGCCUUGGUGGAAGACCUGCAGAGGCAACCAGGGAAAGCAUGGCCACAGGCCAUACCCCACCGUGAUAUGCAAAAUGAGAGCACCGGAGUGGCGACUGAGCUCUGCCCCCCAUCCACCCCAACUGGUCUCGGUGCUAAUGAGCAUGUGGUUCCUGCACAGGAAGCAUCUUCAGAGAAGGUGGAGCCCAAGGCUGCUGUGCAGGGACCCCAGGCCAAGGGGCCACCCCUGAAGGUGGGUGCACGAAGCCGGCUACCUGUACCCCGGGAGCAGCACAGCCACGGUGCCCAGCUUCCUGCGUUUCUUAAAGAGGGGAGUGCCCGAGAGACGACAGACACCUGCUUCACCUUGGGGGUCCCUGGACCUGUGACCUUUGGCGACAUUCCCUUCUAUUUCUCCCGGGAAGAAUGGGGCUCCCUGGACCCUGCUCAGAGAGAUCUCUUCUGGGACAUCAAGCGGGAGAGCUCCCGGGAUGCUGCCCUGGGGUCAGCCCAGCCCAACUCCUUGCCUCUGCGUCUGAGCUGCCGCCCAGCCGCACCGGGUCCCAGCCCAUUUCAUGGAGGAGGGAACAAGGCCUGGUUUCCUGCUGUCCAGCCCAGGGCUGGCAGAAGCCAAAGCCGGGGUGCUUUCCCUGAGCGCUGCCGCCCCAGCUCUGACCUGGAACCCAGUGGGACUGAAGGGGCCCCUCCUCUCGGUUUGCAGGUUUGGGGCCCAAGAGCCAAAGCCAGCGGUCCCGGCUGGAGGAGGCGGUGCCGGCGCUCCCGAGCCAGGAGGGCGGCGACGGGGGUGUGUCCUGGAGCCCCGAGGUGGCCGAGGCCUGGGAGGGCGAGGCCCGGCCGGGGGCGUCCGGGGGACGGGCGGGGGGCGCGCGGCGGGGGCGGCCGCCCACGCGCCGGCGGCAGUUCCGGGACCUGGCCGCCGAGAAGCCGCACAGCUGCGGCCAGUGCGGCAAGCGCUUCCGCUGGGGCUCCGACCUGGCGCGCCACCAGCGCACGCACACGGGCGAGAAGCCGCACAAGUGCCCGGAGUGCGAGAAGAGCUUCCGCAGCUCCUCGGACCUGGCGCGCCACCAGGGCGUGCACACCGGCCAGAAGCCCUUCUCCUGCUCCGAAUGCGGCAAGAGCUUCAGCCGCAGCGCCUACUUGGCCGACCACCAGCGCAUCCACACGGGCGAGAAGCCCUUCGGCUGCAGUGACUGCGGCAAGAGCUUCUCGCUGCGCUCCUACCUGCUGGACCACCGGCGUGUGCACACCGGGGAGCGACCCUUCGGCUGUGGCGAGUGUGACAAGAGCUUUAAGCAGCGUGCGCACCUCAUCGCGCACCAGAGCCUGCAUGCCAAGAUGGCGCAGCCCGUGGGCUGAGGGUGCAUGGGCGCCGGCUGGAGCCGCCCAGCCUGGACGGGACUCCUGGGGAAGAGCAGCGGCUCGGCCGCCUCCCCGAGCCCGUCCCGGCUGCUAGCCUGCUCUGCCCCGGCACCGGCCAACGCUCCCCAGGAAUAGAAAAACCCCCGUGGUCAGCUUGCCAUUCCCCUUCCUCCUCCUGGGGUUCUCUUGCCCCCCGGCUUCCUGGGGCCCCAGCAUGUUCCUGGGCAGUGGCCUUAGCAUGGGAGAAAGGCUAGCAAGUGUGAGGGCUCCAGCAGGGCCUGGGGUCCCCGUCCAAGGGCUCCCCUCAGCCUUGUUUACCCUGUGGCUCUUUUAUUUCCUGCCUUCUUGGCUGGGUCCAUGGGCCAAGCGCUCUGUCCUGCCCACCUGUGCUUUCUGGAAGGGAUGGAGGACAGAUCUUUACCUGCAGGGCACUGCUGGGCUCUGGGAGGGCCAGUCAGCCCACACCUAUGAGGAUGUGGUCCUGGGUGCGGCCACAGGGGCUUUCUGGCUGCCACCCCUCAUUUCCAGGCCAUGACCACUAUGCCCUGCCUCGGCAAUGGGGAAACUGUCUGCCUCUGCUCUUGGCUGAAUUACCCCCUGGUGAGUGAGAGCCAUACUGCCAGUCUAGUGAAAGGGGUGGUGGCCCCAGGGACAGAGGCUGACUGUGCAGGCCAAAAACAGGGCCGGCAGAGGCUCCCCACUGCUCCCCACUGCUCAGAGGCAUGGGGCUGGUGAUACUUAACACUAGCACUCUGUCAGCUCCGUCGCUGACUUCCUAGGCACUGCAUUCCACGGUGUCGUCUGCAUCACAGCAGAUGGGCAUUCGCAGGGACAGACCACAGGCCCCCCAAGGGAGCUCGGCCCAGCUGGCCUCAAAAGGGCAGCAGAAGGGUUUAAAUAAAUGUGGAAAAUUC